UUCCUGAUGCAAGGUAUGGCGGUGCUGAGAGCUGUGCGGCCGAUAGACAAGGCCACCGCCGUGGGUACCAGCAUGGCGAUAGUGGCACUGCUAUCCUUCAUACUAGGACAUUUAAUCUACUUGUUUAUUAGUCACAUGACAUGUGUGUACUCUACAAACGGCGGGUGUCUACUGCACGCGUCCACGAUAUGGAUCGCGGGCGGCGCCAGCACUCUACUGACUGCGCUGUCAGCUGCCGGCAGCUUCAUCUCCAGCAAGAUGCAACCUGAUAUGGAUGAGCCAACCACUGAAUUAUGAUCAGACACACAAUAGGGAAUAUUUAGAGACAAUAUAAUAAAUCUAUAGUAGGCAAUGCGCACGGAAGUGUCGUUCGGACAUAAAAACCAAAGUCACUAUAAUAAAAAUUGUAUGGAAUAGGAAGGCGAGGCGAUAAUGGUGCCUAGGCAAUGGAUGCCGCCCAUGGAUACCCGCAGCACCAGAGAAGGUAUAAAUGGGUUAUCGGCCUUUUAAGAGAUUUGAGUAUUGGGGUUGAGGGGGAAGAUAGGGGCAAUUUAAUUUUAUGCAGAUUUUCUGUGAGGUCGUGGUACCACUGUGUCGCACCGACCCAUUCGUGCUGUGUUCUAUUUAACGAAGCUAAUAAAAAACUAUUAG